UAUAUAUCCCUACUCAUCUCCUUCAUUUCUAGCCACUCCUUCCCUCUCAUGUCUCUCUGAUCUCUAAUCUAAUUCUCAUUAUUAACCCUAAAUUCCUCCAUUUUCACAUCUUCUUCCUCCUCCGCCUGUGUGUCUGAUCGGAGAGGACCAGGCACGCCGGAGAAAACAAGAGAGAAAUCAGAGAAUUAUUCAGAGAAUUAUUUUUGUAUAUAUAAUCACUUUUUUUAUCAAUAUUUGUUCAUAUCUGAUUCUCUCUUGUUGAAAAAUUAUGGGAACUGAAAUUUUGAGGCCUCAGGAUUGUCUGAUUGAACGUAUCAGAGUUUCUCCUUGUCGCCGGAGGAAUUUCCAUGCCUGUAACACUACUAAUUUUUCUUCUAACCCUAACCCUAACCCUAACCCUAGGUUUAAUAGAAAACCGGCUGCAGUACGGUCUGAAAAGACCGACCAGAGGAAGCGCCAGCCGGAACAGCAACACCAGCAGCAGACUCAGGCUGUGAUUCCGACGAGGAGAUCGAAUUCGGUCGAUAAUUUGAAGAUCUCAAAUAAUUAUGGCGUCGCUAAAGGUACGAACAGCAAUAAUUUUCUUAUGGAGAAGGUCACGAUUCUGCGACGAGGAGAGUCGCUUGAUUCUGCAAUCAAUAGCGUAGAAAUGAUACCGAAACUUCCGGUGACCGGAAAGUGUGACAUGUACGCCGGAUCCGGUUUCGCAGUGUCUCCGGAGCCGAGUUCGCUUCCGCUACCUUCGUUCUAUAAGAAACAGAAAGCUCCUGUUGACGACUCAGCAACCAGAGAUCUCAGGCGUUUACUCCGUCUGGAUCUUUGAGAUCCGAUUUCAUAUUCGGGUCCGGUCGGGUUUACUUCUCUAUCAUGUUUCAACUCUGUUACGUUCCGUUAGAUUUUGGAAGGAUCUAAACCUUUCCGUGAAUUUUUUUUCAAAGCGGAAAGGUAGACCUGAAAAAUCAGGGAAAAGUACGGGGGCAAAAUCGAAUUAGUGAAAAGUUAAGGUAUUAUUAUGUUAUGUAGCACGCGAUAAUAUUAAUCGGGGCCUUGAAUGGGGUAGUAUUGUGUAUUUCUACGGGUUAUGGGUAAUUUAAGGAAAUGUAAAGAAGGUUGGGGGUUGAAGAUGUAAUAUUUAGGUGAAUUGUGUACUGUAUCAGGUUUGUGAAUGAAAAAUAAAAUAGAUGACGUGUAUGGUGUUUUUUGCGAGGAAGAAGAAGAAGAAUAAUGGAAGAAAAUUAGGGAAAAUUUGAGGAGAUUCGUGUAAUCAAACUAAAAUUUGUACUAGUUCUCAGUUGAUCUGUUUUUAAGUCAUAAUGCAGUAGAUAAAUUCAUAAUUAUAA